AAGCAGGAUCUUCGUCGUUAUCACACACUCAGUCAUAUCCAAAACAUUUUAGUAUGACAUGACACCUCGUUGUACAUUCAUCCCAAUAAAAAUUUGACAAGAGAUAAGAACAAGCAAAGUAUAGAGAAGCUAAUAGAAGCUUCAAUUCGUCGCUACACCAACACUUAUAUAUAUUGAUUGAUAUUACACGGUUAUCUUCAUAUUAAGACGCAGGUCAACGAUAUAGAAAUUGAAAUAGUGUACCUUUUGUUAUCAUAAAGAAAAGUAAUUCAGCAACAAUAAUGGGUUCUCUUAUGGCAGGAUGGGACUCUAACACAUUGGAUCCUAAAUCAGCGUCACUUGAAAGGAAUCGAUCGCUAACAAAAGAAGAAAUUGACGCUUUCUGGAAAUCAAAGAAAGAGACAGAGGACCAACACCUCAAAGCAAUUUCUAAUUUAUCAAGGAAUAUUCAGCCGGGCAAAUACGAGGAUAAUGUGCCUUUGCCUCGCCGCAUAAAGGAGUCAUUAGGCAUGGAUGCUGACAAUAAUUUGGACCAGCUUAUUAAGAAAAAUCCCUGGUGGACCAAGAGCAAUUGGGCAUUUCUGAAUGAACCUCCAGUGAUAGAAGCUUCUUCCAACAAGUAUGCAUCACAGUUUCACAUAGCCAAAUUGAGAUCGUCAAAAGAUAACCCCGAACAUGGAAUUAGUGCUUGAUACGAAUAUUAUGUCCUAUUCCACCCUUUACAUACAUAUCCACCAAUGUAAUAAUUGUUGUGCUUGUAUAUAUGAGCGUUGAUUUUAGUUUACCACUUAAAAUUAAAUGUAAUUUUGUUCAAAAAAUAUUUUUAAUAUAAUCAGGGACUAAACAGAGUAAGUGAAAAAAUAUUUGAUUUAAAAA